CAACAACCUAGGCUGCUGCUGAUGUUUCGGACGCUUUAUCCCAAGCCUAUCUAUUUAUCUGCUCGCCCGCACUAGACUGCCACAGCUGCGUGGUAGCUACCUCACCGCCUCCCAUCAAGCUAAUCGCUCACCCUGUCACCCACCAGCCUUGCCCACCGCCUCUCACUCGAGCGAGCAGCUCAUGGCUCACUCCCUCGCCGCCGCUUCCGCCUCCUUCUCGCCGCUCGCCGCCCGGCGGCGGCCCUCCAGCCAGGUGACAAAUGUAAUUUCGAAUCAGAGCUUGGUUUCCUUCCAAAGCCAGAGGAUGAACUUUGUGUCCAUCCGUUCAACGCCAAGUUCUCUUCGGUUUAAGAUUUGCUGUUCGGCUAAGAGAGAGACAGUAGACAAGGUUUGUGAGAUAGUGAAAAGGCAGCUGGCUCUCCCUGAUGAGACUGCUGUCACAGGAGAAUCGAAAUUCGCUGAACUUGGCGCGGAUUCACUGGAUACGGUCGAGAUUGUGAUGGGCCUUGAGGAAGAAUUCAGCAUCACUGUCGACGAAACGAGCGCACAGGACAUCGCAACUGUGCAGGAUGCAGCAGACCUUAUUGAGAAGCUUGUGGUGGAGAAGACUGCAUAAGCACCUUAAUAAUUCGAUGGUCCGUUGUAAGUCGACGGAUCUGGAUAUUUGGACCUUGUGAUGGACAACUUUGCAUCCAAUCUCUGUUGUAUGUUCAAUUAUUCAUGUUACCCAUUCGUUCUUUCUUGAUCAUUCUAGAUAAGAUUUUGUAUUCAUGUUGCUGAGGUUAUUACCUUCUCCAGAGGCUACAUGAAGCGAAUUAAGACCAUGUAUUCCACUUCCAAUUUACAUUGUUGUACUAUUGUUGUAGAGAGACUGAUGAGCUUAUGAAGAAUUACUGCACUUGUGUCUUUUGGA